AUGGAUACCAACCAAAUGAUUCCGGCGGUCGCCGCCGUGAUAGUGAUAUUGCUGAUACUUGUUUGUUGUUAUAUCUGUUGCUGCGGCAAAGAUCAAGAGGCGCCGCCUGAAAUCAUAACGGAAGAUGAGAGGAAACGCAGAAAAAGACAUCACAGCGAGAGGUCUACAGGAAGGGACAGUGGCAGCUCCGGAAGUUCUGGAUCAUCACACACCAGAGAGAGGCAUGCGAGGUCUGCGCCACAGGAGCCACCCGGCGCUUCUUCCCCACUUCCUCAAAUCAGAGUUGGAGAAAUGAGAGAAGAGCGUCCCACACAAGGAGAGACCAUGGACGAAGAAGUUCGCCGUCCUCAUCGCCGAAUCGAUAAAGCCACACGACGACUGAAAAGACUUCUGCGACUGACAAGAGAGGACGAGAGGAAGACGGCAACAGCACCGACAAUGGAUACCGAUAUUCCGAAUAUACUCGACGCCAUGGGCUCAGUCGAGGGUCCUGGCGCGGCACCUGCGUUCGGCGCGCAGCCGGUGCCAAGCGCCCCUGGCCCACCAGGCGCACCGCCCUAUCCAUACGGUGCUCAAGGCGCAGCGGCUACCCCGUAUGGUGCUCAAGGCGCGGCGGCUACCCCGUAUGGUGCACAAGGCGCUGCAGCAACUCCGUAUGGUGCUCAAGGCGCUGCGGCCAGCCCGUACGGUGCCCAAGGAGCUGCGGCCGGUCCGUUUGGGCGAACUCAGCAGGCCAAUGCUGCACCCGGUUACGAAGGACUGUCGCCAUACAUGCACGAAACGCAGAAAACCGAAGAAAUGCCAAGGUUUUAG